ACUGCUGUUGUUGAACAUCCUAUGACUGAGGAUGAUUUAACUCAUCCGGCCCUCUAUCGUUUUAAGCGAAAUAGUCUGCCUUGCUACACAUAUCACAAGUCUACAGCAAAUGACAAGGUGAUAAAUAACUCUGUCUCCAAUGCUGAUUGGGAUCUAUAUCCUGCUUUAAUUCGUACUAUUGAAAAC